AUGGGCACACCGCUGUCUCUCGAGCAGCUACAGAAGGUGCUUACAGAAACACCCACGAAUGAAGCACUCUAUGAUCUCCUCAACCCCUACGAGGAUGAAGCCUGUCAGCAGUUCACCCCAGCUGGAAUAACCGGGGACGCCACUCUUCUUACUGUCUUUUACUCCUCUUUUCUUUUCUCCCAUCUCCUCAUAGACGAAAUACAAGAAGCUCGUGCUUUGACGCAGCGUAUCCCCUCCACAUUGAUCCAGAAUGAUCCAGUUAUUCAACACAGCAUCGCAGUACUGCGGUCGAUAUACCAAAACAAAUAUUCAAAAACCUACGCGUUACUGAGAGGUCAACCAUGGCCAAAGCCAGUCGACAUUGUGGUUCAGAGAUUUGAUGCUUAUUACACCGAAAACUCAUUCCGAAACAUAAGUCGCAUCUACGAAUCAAUCAGACCCGAGGCUGCCGCAGAGUAUCUCGGAUUGCAGAAAAACGCAGAGUUAAUAGACACAUUGGUGAAACGAGGAUGGGAAUGGGAUUCCGACAAAGAACUGUUUCGCCCACAUGUACCUGAUGAACAUGUCAAAUCUGGCAAAUCCAGACAACCUCUAGGUCAGAUUAGUCGGAUCGUGGGUUUGGUGAGUGUUCAGGGAAGCUGA